AUGGGGAACGAAGAGUCUACUGUAGUGGACGAGUCCACUCGGCCUUCAGUGCUGGAGGCGCGCAGCAUGGAGGCGGUGGCCAAAUACAUCAAGCAGAAUGAUGUGAAACGAAUUGUGUUAAUGGUGGGAGCCGGAAUCAGCACAUCGGCAGGCAUCCCGGAUUUUCGAUCUCCAGAUACUGGUCUCUACGCCAAUUUGGCAUUUUUGGACCUGGAGGAACCGGAAGAUGUAUUCGACAUCACUUUCUUCCGCGAGAACCCCAAACCGUUCUACGCACUGGCACAUGAGCUGUACCCUGGGAAAUACCGACCAACCAUCGCCCAUUCAUUCAUCAAAUUGCUCUACGACAAGGGUAUACUGUUGAAGCAUUUUACGCAAAAUAUCGACUGCCUCGAGCGACAAGCCGGGGUCCCCGGAGAGAUGAUCGUCGAGGCCCAUGGCAGUUUUGCCUCGCAGCGCUGUAUCGAAUGCAAGACUCCGUACCCUGACGAGGACAUGCACAAGAUGGUGGAUGAGGGCAAAGUCCCUCGUUGCGGAUGUGGUGGCUACGUCAAGCCCGAUAUUGUCUUCUUCGGUGAGGCUCUCCCAUCAUCGUUCUUUGACAAUCGCUCGCUGCCGGCAGCGGCGGAUUUGUGCAUCGUGAUGGGGACGAGUUUGUCGGUCCAACCGUUUGCCAGUCUUCCAUCACUGGUCAGUGAUGGGGUGCCUCGCGUUUUGAUUAAUAUGCAAAAAGUGGGUGGGAUGGGAUCGCGACCUGACGAUGUCCUUCUCCUGGGCGAUUGUGAUGCCGGAGUGCGCAAGUUUGCCAAGGCGAUGGGGUGGGAGCAAGAAUUGGAGGCGCUUUGGGGGGAAACCGAGCCCGAGCCGAAGACCCAGUCGCAGAUCCAGUUCCAGUCGGAGGAGAAUGCGCCGCAGGACCGGGACGAACGUUUGCGGGAGGAAGUGGAUCGCCUGACACAGGAAGUUGACCGCUCGCUGCAUUUGACAGAUGCUUACCAGCAGCGAGUCCGGGAGAAGCUAGAUGGGGGGGAGCAAUGGCAGCAAUGGCAGCAGCAGAAGCAGCCACCAAAGCAACCAACAUGGCGGAGAGCAAGAAUCAGAGCCUGUGAGUGGACUGAGCCAUGUAUUUCCACACUUGGCGCACCAAGCGCGUUAGUGUUGAGUUGA